AUGGCCGCACUCUCUGCGUCUGCUUCCCUCGCGCGCUGGCGCUUCGCGGACGCUUCCGCCUCCUGCCUGUGCCAUUUCCUCAUGAACCAUGCCGCCCCGUCCUCGACCUUGUUGUACCACACCUCCGAGUUCUUGGCGCUCUCUUUCCAUUUCCCCCCUUCCUUUUCGUCUCCCAUGUUGAAGGCCACGAGGUCCUCUCCUAGACGAGACACCCAGUCGCUCUCCUGCCCGCCCCGGUAUCCCACGCCUCCCGCCAUCGCUCCUUGCAGCAUGCGCUUGGGGAGGCGGUUGUCCUCCAUGCGCGUUACAAAGCCCGCGAAACACAGUUUCCGUUUGCACACGAUGGCCUCGAUGGUUUCCUCGCAGCCUGCCUGGAUGAGGGCCUGGGCAUAGGACAGGGGGCGGUCUGAGCGUUUCCGCUUGCUCCAGCCGAUGCACCGUGUAAGGAACUGGCGGUGGGUCCCAUUGAGCUUCGUGUAGUGCUCCCCUGUUAGGCUCCACGAGGCGCACCCAUAUAGGAGAGUCGCCACCACUUCAGCCUGGAGUGCCCGGAUCUUGAGCUGGCGGUCGGCCCGUCGCCUGUCGCACAUCGAAGCACUGUUCCGGCGGUAGCACUUCCACGCUCGGCAGCAGCGGCUCGUGAUCUCCCGGUCGGCCUUCCCGUCCGCGGAGAUGGUACGUCCGAGGUACGUUAAACUUGAUCGACUUCAUAAGUCGCGACGGAACGGAUUGCUGUACCCUUCUCGCG